GAUAUCUCGAAAGGUAUAAAAGGUUUAAAGAUGGAAAAUUAAUUUGUCAACAUUUGAAGACAUGUAUUGAAGAAGGCAGUGUGUCUAUAGAGUUUCUUGAAGAAAUCAAGAACAAGACUGAGAAAGUGACAAUGUUAUGCGCUAGUGUAACGAAUUAUACGUCAACGAUCUCUACCGACAGAUUCAAGAAAGGUAUGGUGGAUCGAAUUUCAGAAUUGACAAAUAUCGUGCAGGAUUGUUCCGAGAAGUUUAAGUUGCUAGGAUCCACGAUGGACUAUGGUAGAAAGAUAUCAGAUGAUAUUCACUCUAUUCAGGGAUUUCAAACGCUCAUUGAGGCGUUCAAUGAACGGAACAAAAAUUGGCGCACAAAAAGAGUGAAUGAAUUGCAAGAUAAUGCAUUUUGGGGACCAUUGUCUUCUCUCAUACGUCCAGCAAAAACACUUCAACCAUUGAUGAAUUCUUUGUCUUUUAUGACC